AUGGCGGGCCUGGAGUGGAAAGGCCGGCGCACGCGGUUGCCGGUGGGCGCCGGCGCGCUGGGCUUCCUGGUGCUCUACUGGCUGUACGUCUUCCCGGUCUACCGGCUGCCGGACGAGAAGGAGAUCGUGCCCGAGGUGCUCCGGCAUCAGGGCAAAGCUUGGCGGAGGAACCUGAGCGCCGCGGCCGACUUCAGGAAACUUCUCAAAGACUGUUGCGAUCCGAGCCAUCUCGUUGCAAUGACAAAACAAAAUUCACCGGUGGGAAAGAGCGUCUGGUACGAUGGCGAAUUUCUGUACUACUUCACAAUUGACAACGAAACCUUCUCACUCUUUCCAGAGGAGAUUCCAUUCCAGCGGCCAUUGAAGAGAUGCUCUGUGGUGGGCAACAGUGGCAUUCUGAAGAACAGCCGCUGCGGCAAGCAGAUCGAUCAAGCGGACUUCGUCAUGAGAUGUAAUCUUGCUCCACUAGGCAAUGCAUAUAGCAAUGAUGUAGGAUCAAAAACUCAACUGGUAACUGCGAAUCCCAGCAUAAUUAAUAACAGAUUCCAGAAUCUUCUUUGGUCCCGAAAAACAUUUGUGGACAGCGUUGAAGUCUACAACCAGAGCUACAUCUAUAUGCCGGCUUUCUCCAUGAAAAUAGGGACUCAACCUUCCCUCCGCGUGUACUACACCCUCACUGACGUCGGAGCCAAGCAAAAGGUGAUCUUCGCCAACCCUAACUUCCUGCGGGACACUGGCAAGUUUUGGAAGAGCAAAGGGAUUCACGCUAAGCGUCUUUCAACCGGCCUCUUCUUGGUCAGCGCAGCUCUUGGUCUUUGUGAAGAAGUGACAAUUUAUGGUUUCUGGCCUUUUUCAGUGGACCUCCAUGGGCGGUAUAUCAGCCAUCAUUACUACGAUAACAUCUUGCCAGAUGCCGGCUUCCAUGCCAUGCCAGAGGAAUUCUUACAGCUGUGGUAUCUCCACAAGAGAGGAAUCCUACGAAUGCAGCUGGAGGAUUGCGAGGAUUCUUGA